AAAAACACAGAAGAAACUGCACUGCACUGCACUGCACCUCGAUUUGAUCAUUCCUCCUUGUGUCUGAAAAAUCAAAUUUAUUUUUACUUAGACUACUAAGUUGCUACACUUUGUUUCACACACUCUCUCUCUAUCUAGUCUAGGAGGGGAUAUUGCCAGUAAUUGCAGUGUUUCAGUGGCAGUGCAAGAAAAGGGGGUUGGAGUUUUCAUUGGGAAGGUAAAAUAUUUGCACCCAAAAACAAGCGAACCCAUAAACACCUUCAUGUUUUUCAUAGGAACUCUCUUCUUCUUAUUAUUAUUGUAAAAAUACACAAGCUACCCUUUCCUUGUUACACAGUAGAUAGAUUAUAGAGAGAGAGAAAAAGAGAACCCUAUUUCUAUUUUCACUUGCAGAGGGAAAAGAAAAGAAAAAGGAAAAAGAGUUGGGGUUGCAGGCUAUGCUCUUUCUGAGAAGGAGAGAGAGAGGCAGUGUUUCUUAUCUGACUACUACUAUUACUAACUAUGUAUUCCAUUAAGGAUUUCCUGUAAAAAGCCUGAUUUCAGUAAGCAUAAAACUCGGGAGAUCACUUGCUGCCUCUUUAGCCCCAAAAAGAGAGGGAAAACAAAGGAUAAUUACACAGAGUGCGCGUGUGUGUGUUUGUUUGGUUUCAUAGGCAAAAAUAAAAAGAACAAAAUUAACACAAGAGAGUUAUAAGAAACUCAGAGAAAGAAAAAGAUACUAAGAGUUAAUGGAGGGGGGUGGUUCUAGUGGAAAUACUUCAUGUUUAAUGGGUUAUAAUGGAGAUGACAACAACAACAACAGUGGAAAUGCAGCCCUAUGUCCUCCUCCAAUGAUGAUGAUGAUGAUGCCUCCUCCUAUUAAUAAUAACAAUGCAGAAAGCAGCAAUAAUAUUGGUGGCAACAACAACAACAAUAUCCUGUUUCUUCCUUUCAUGGACAACAACAACAAUAAUCCACAUGAAGACGCAAACUGUUCUUCUACUUCCAUCAAGUCUAAGAUUAUGGCUCAUCCUCACUACCCUCGUCUCUUGUCUGCUUAUGUCAAUUGUCAAAAGAUAGGAGCUCCGCCGGAAGUGGUGGCAAGGCUAGAGGAAGUAUGUGCCACGUCAGCUACAAUAGGCCGUAACAGUGGCGGCAUUAUCGGAGAAGAUCCAGCGCUAGAUCAGUUCAUGGAAGCUUACUGUGAAAUGCUGACAAAAUAUGAACAAGAACUCUCAAAACCCUUUAAGGAAGCCAUGGUUUUUCUCUCAAGAAUUGAGUGCCAGUUCAAAGCUCUCACUCUUACUUCCUCCUGUGAAUCUGUUGCAGCUCUUGGUGAGGCAAUCGAUAGAAAUGGAUCAUCUGAAGAGGAGGUUGAUGUGAAUAAUGGUUUCAUCGACCCUCAGGCUGAAGAUCAAGAACUGAAAGGUCAAUUGCUGCGCAAAUACAGCGGUUACUUGGGUAGCCUUAAGCAGGAGUUCAUGAAGAAGAGGAAGAAAGGCAAACUGCCUAAGGAAGCAAGGCAACAACUGCUGGACUGGUGGACCAGACAUUACAAAUGGCCAUAUCCAUCGGAAUCCCAGAAGCUGGCACUUGCUGAAUCUACAGGAUUGGACCAGAAGCAAAUAAACAACUGGUUUAUCAACCAAAGAAAAAGGCACUGGAAACCUUCAGAGGAUAUGCAGUUUGUGGUAAUGGAUGCUGCUCAUCCACAUUACUAUAUGGACAAUGUUCUGGGUAAUCCUUUCCCAAUGGAUAUGACACCAACUCUCCUCUAAAUUCUGGAGAUGGCCAAUUCCAACUUAUGAAAAUUAGAGUGAUUCUUGAAUCUUGAAAAUGUGUAUUUCUAAAUCUAUUGUCAAGGAUGUUUUGCAUAUAUAUUUCUCGUAUGCAUGUAGUUAUUGUAAUUCCAAGGCUAAUACCUUAAGUACUGGUAGUUCGAGCUAUUUCUGUUAUGGUUAACUCUCUGAAAUUAAAUUUACUACUAGUUUGUUUUAAGGUCCGAUGUCUAUUUUAAAGUU